UUCUGUCUUCAUAAAUAUAUAUCUUAAUUUAUGGUCAUUUUCUGUUCCUAGAAACGGACAUGACGAAACAAGUGAAGGGAAGUAAAUGCAAGAAAGCUUUUGAACAAUCUGAGCAUCGAGGAACUAUGCGGAGAGAAAUCAAGCAGAGGAUGGGUGAAGAUCUGGACGAUCUGACCAUUGAGGAACUGCGCGAUCUUGAGCAAAAUAUGGACAAAUCCUUGAAGGUUGUUCGUGAUCAAAAGGGGGGAUUUAUUAUUUUGAUCAAGGACAAGAGAGAUGAUGAUCCAGAUUGGUCAAGCUCUCACAAGUAUGAAGUCAUGAGGGGUUUGGCGGAGAAGCUCAUCAAUGAGAACCUUCGUGAAGGUUCUGAGACUUUGAGGGAAGUCAACCAUGCGGCCCUCUUUGGGGUCUUCUCCAAGACUCUUUGUCAGCUUGAAGCUACCAUGUCGAGGCAGCAGGAGCACCGGCCUAUCAUCAAUGGUGAUGGUGAGGUAGGAUCCAAGCAACUUCGUCGCCGAAGGAACAGGGUCUUAGGAGCUAUUCGGCCAUUCUGAGAGGGUGCAAGGAACACGUUGUUCGCUAACGGUGUUGAUGGUGGUGGUGUUUCAGCUAAGAAGUGGGUGGCAGAGCUGUUUUGGUUGGCUCGGAAGA